GCGGGCGGGGUCACCCUUAGCGCAUGCGCACUCCCCCCCACCCCUCAUUCCGCUCCGGCCGCCGCCGCGUACGGACCUCUCCGGAACCCGCUGGAUUCUGCCACCAACGUCGAAUUUCGGCUUUGAAAAGGCUUUGAAAAGGGAAAACGGGUUUCGUUUUGAACAUAAAUCCGCUUUAAUUGAAGAUUAAAAGGUCUCACCCCCCGGAGCUCCUUCCCCCUCGACCUCCACCUCCCGACUGAGCCCCCAGCGGUGGGCGUGGCCCGCGCGGAGCCCUCCCCUCUCCUGAUUGGCUCCCACCCUCCCGCACAUGCGCAGAGCUCCGCCCCCUCCGUCCCUCCACGCAUGCGCCAGUCCGCCCAGCCGGGGGCAAUGGCGGCCGCGGGGCCCGAGGCCGCAGCCGGAGGGGCAGAGGAGGAAGGGGACGGGGAUGAGGAGGGGCUGAAGAGGCUGGAGGAGCUGGUAUCAGACCUGCAGCGCUUCCGCCUCUCCUUGCCCUCUGACCCCCCCAAUGACCCCCCCACCGUGACCCUGGAGCAAGAGCUGGAGCGGACCCUGCGCUUAAUGGACGACGUACACGUGUCCCAACAGGCCCGCGGGCGAGCCCUGGAGCUGCGGGCCGAGGCCUUGGGGGUCUGCCCCACGGCUGCCCCCCAAGUGGAGCAGGCCCUGAGCAGGGCAGUGAAGCUGGACCCAGGCCUGGCGUCCGCUUGGAUCCGCUUGGGAGAGCUGCAAUGGGGCCGGGGGGACCUGGAGGGGGCCCGGGCCUGCUUCAGGGGGGCCCUGGCGCAUCCCCGCCCCCAUGACGUCACCCCCGCGGCCGAGGCCCGCGCCCGCCGCCUGCUCUCGGUGGUGCUGAGGGCAGGUGGGGGGGGAGGGGCCCUGAGGGAGAGUCUGACCCAGGCUGAGGCUGCUGUUCGAUGCCAGCCCUGCGAUGGGGCCUCCUGGUAUGUCCUGGGCAAUGCCUACGUGUCGCUCUUCUUCGCCGGGGGGCAGAGCCCCGAGGCCGCACGCCGGGCCCUGGGCGCAUAUGCACAGGCCGAACGCGUGGACCCAGAAGCAGCCAAUAACCCAGACCUGCACCUCAACCGCGCCACACUGCUGCAGUACGAGGAGCGCUAUGGGGCAGCACUGGAGGGGCUGAGCCGAGCGGCCUCAUUGGCUCCCGGGUGGGCGGAGCCUCGGCGGCGCCACGCCCACCUGCUGGACUUCCUGUCCCGCCUCUGUGCCGCGCUGGCCAAUAGGCCCCCCUCCCGCAGCAAGCGGCGCCGGAGCCGCCCGGACCCCCUUAGCCCCGCCCCCUUGAGCGAGCUCCGCCCCGGGCCCAACCCGCGCCGCGCUCUGAUUGGCCGAGUCCUCUUCACCUGCUCCCCGGAGGGGCGUGUCCCAUACGUGCUGGGAUUGGCUGACGGAGCAGGGGGCGUGGCCGCGGUCACUGUCUAUAACGCGGCUCCUGAUUGGACGGUGGCUGUCGGGGACAGUGUGACUGUGCCCAGGCCCUGCCUCAAGCAGCAUCAACACCAGCACCAGGGGCAGACCUUCUCCUUCCUGGGUCUCCGUGUCCCCUCCCCCCUCUCCCUGCUCAUCAAUGGCCGCCCCCCCCCGAGCUCCUCUGUGGCCCCCGCGCGGCUGCUGCUGAGGGCGGAGCCCGAACAGGCCACGCCCCCUGAGCCCUGAGCCAAUCAGAGCCCGGCUUGGACCUGGGGGCGGCCAUCUUGGAUCAUGGCGGCCUCCAUCUUGGACGCUGGGGGCUGCCAUCUUGGAUUCUGGGGGCAGCCAUCUUGGACCUAGGGGGCUGCUAUCUUGGACCCUGCGGGCGGCCAUAUUGGAGCCUGCGGGCGGCCAUCUUGGAGCGUGGGGGCAGCCAUAUUGGAGCGAGCAAGGACGCGGCCAUCUUGAAAUGGGAGGGGUUUAUGGCAAUAAAGGAACCAAUGGGAGAGGGAAUAGGGUUAAUGGGAGCCGCCAUCUUGAGUGUCCCCAUGGGGGCCGCCAUGUUGGGUAAGGGUGAGAGCCAUGGCGGCCAUUUUGA